AUUUAGGGGCACUCAACCACUAGAUUAGGAUAAUGACCGAGGUGAUGAGAAAUUAAUUCAUCAUGGCUGGACCAGCUUCGAUUGUCGAAUAUUUUGCUGAACAUGAAGCGUAUAGAUGUGGUUAUUGUGGAAAGUCAGACACAAAUUAUUCACAUGGUAUGUGGGCACAUGCAAUGACUGUCCAAGAUUACCAAGAUUUGUUGAAUAGAGGAUGGAGAAGGAGUGGAAAAUACUGUUACAAGCCCACCAUGAACAUACUGUGUUGUCCAAUGUAUACCAUCAGAUGUGAGGCAUUAAAGUUUAAAUUACGUAAAUCUCAUAAGAAAGUUUUGAAGAAAGUGAAUAAAUACCUCAUAGAGGGAAUCAAGCCUUCUGGUGACAUAGCUGAUGAUGAAACAGAGGAAGUUGAGAAGCAGUCUAGUAAAAAACCUGUGAAAUCUGAAAACCAGUCUACGAAAAUACCCAGUAGUCAUUGUAAAGCUAGAGAAUGUACUGAAGAAAAAGCUGUUCCGGGAUGUUCAAAAGAUGUAAAAUCUCCAAGAAAAGGUGAAGGUGCAGACCCAAGCAAACCACCUUGUAAGAAAGCUAAAGACAGGAGAAAAGAAAAGAAACUAGCUAAACUUGCUGCCAAAGGUGAAUCAACUGAAUCUGUUGCACAGGAUAAGGUUGAACAAGUAGAAAAUAAAUGUGAAGGGAAAACAUUAGAGGAAUAUUUAGCAGAACCAAGUAAAGCCACAUCUAGUGCUCAUAAAUUAGAGAUUUGUUUGGUAAGGUCUUCUCCUAAAAGUCAACAGUUUGAGGACAGUCUGAAAGAGACCCACAAAGUUUAUGUUAGAUAUCAAAUGGCAAUACACGGAGACCCUGAAGACAAACCUAACAUGCGUCAGUUUACAAGAUUUCUAAUUGAUUCACCAUUAGAGAUAAAGUUACUACGCAGUUACCCGAAGUGUGAGGAGUUUAAGACUAGUUAUGACGAAUCAUACAAGGUGUAUAAGAAAUAUCAGAUGGCAAUACAUAAAGACAAAGAAGAUGAUUGUUCUAAGUCUUCCUAUGAUGAUUUUCUUGUUCACUCACCAUUAGAGUAUUCAUUAGGCACAUAUUCUGCUCUAGUUGAAAUGGCAUUAGUUAGAGAACUUCAUAAACAUUCAGCAGAGAUGAUAUAUUAUUACAUGGGUUACUAUAUACAUUCCUGUCCUAAAAUGAAAUACAAGGGUCAAUACCAACCAUCUUAUUUACUGUGCCCUGAGACAUAUACCUGGCAUCCUGUAGAGAAAUGUCAAGCUAUGCUGGACCAGAAAACAUACUGCAGGUUUGAGGAGGACACUAAAAAAGGUGACGAAGAUGGGGAACCAGACUUGGAGACAUUGUUGGUGUUGUAUCAGCGUACAGCAAUGCCAUACACCAUCUACCAGCAGCUGAGUAAAGGGAAGAAUGAUGACCUAGAGGAGGUUAAGGAGUACGCUGGUUACGUCGGCAGGAAAUUAGCAUCCAGGCUAUUGCUGUUCCGAAAAUGAAGGCAACCUUAUAUUAGUUGUGUUUAAUUAUCUGUGAUAGUUUUGCAAUGAUCUUUGAAAUUCAGAAAGCAUGUGAUACUGUAUAAUAUAUUGACUACUGACACUUAAGUUAGCUAAUUAGCUCAUUUAUUUAAUUUAAGAUUAAUAUCAGUUUCUUUGUUUUGAUUAUUAUCAUUGACAGUUCAGUUUUGGUUUAAGAUAUCUGACAUGAUUUGUCAUGAUGUUGAGCCAAACAGUAUCUGAACAAUAUGUAUUUAUUAAACUCUUAACCUGCUGUAUGUCUAAAAUGGACUUGUUCAGGGUCCAUGUUUGGAAUGUGUGAUUACCAAUUUUGGUGAUAUCAAAAUGAAAAUUAUCAAAAGGAAAAUUAGAAGUUGGUCCAGAUAUAGUAUAGAGCCUUGUCAGACUGAAUGGAUGUGCAGACUGGCCUGAUUGUAGGCUACCUCUAGCAGGAUUAUAUAUAAUAUUUAUAUUAUAAUCACAAUGUCACAGACUUCUCUUAAGGGUAGAAAAGUGUAGUAAGCAAAUAAGACAUACAUGUAUACCGGUGCCUCAUAUUUCCUUGGUACUUCAGUGUUAAACAAACACAACAAAAGUUAGAAGAAUAAUGUGCUGGAAAUAACAAUGAAUAUGAUAAUAAUAUUCAUUUUUGUUUAACAUGGAAAUAAGAGGCAUUGGUAUAUAUAUAUAUAUUUAUAAACCAAUGUUUGUUUUUCACUGUUUUAAUAAUGUUGUGUAUUUAUUAACGCUCAGAUUACAGUCAAUGGCUGUUUAAUACUGAGUAGUGAUACACACCUAUACUGUUACAUGUAAUAGUUUAAAUUAGAUAACUAAGAAAUUCUAUGUUAUAUGAAUGUUUGAUUUUAUUGAUUUAAUUUAUUAUUCAAGUUAUUGUUCUUUCUAAAGUAAAUUUUAUUAACCAGGUUUUCAAUUUUGAAUAUCCUGGUUAUUUGAUUGUUUGUUAUUUAUUUGUGUUCAGUUUAGUGUUUGUUAACAUUCAUGG